AUGUCCCUACCGUCACAACGCAAAUUCAACUUGAAUGCCAACAAGGCAAAUCCCGCGGUGAGUGGAGGGCUUAGGCGUUCAAAUGCACAGCAUCGCAAACACCAAGAUCUGGUCCCCCUGAUGUUCGACCCUGCACAGGCACUGACAUUUGACCAGUCGUCAAACAGCUGGAAGAGACAGGAGUUCAAGCAGGAUCCUCUGAACGAACUUACUAUCCGUCCUGGUGCGGAACAAUCGCGAAACAAAGAUAAGGGCAAGCGUCCAGCGAAUAUGAAUGCAUGGUCGGCCAAGUGUGGUGGUGUUUGUUCGACAACGACGACGAUGAGCUCGAAGAGUAGUACUAGCCUCAACCCUGGAAGUGUUAGUAGCAGUGGUCAGUUGGCUGGUCCGACUCGUGAGCGCGGAAAGAUUGAGACGGAUCCGAGCAAGGUGCGGUGGCCUUUGAUUGGGGUUAGGCGUUGA